AUGGCACCCUUUAUAUUUACACCAUUUUAUACCGGCUUCACCCGACCCGCAAUCAAGACAUUAAACCCAGUCUGGAAACAAGUCAAGCAUCAAAAUACCGCUCCGAAGAGCCAUCCAUUGAAUGCUUUGAAUUCAGGUCUCAUGACUGUCAAGCCCCCGGAGGUUUACCCGGGCGGCUCCGGGUUUAAAGUGGAACGCCCCGAGAGCCCAGCCUUCUUUUGCAGCUCAAUUAUACUGUCAGGCGAGCGUUUUGGGGAGACAGCAAGAGCAGUGAAAUAG